AUGCCCUUCCAAUAAAGACCCUCCUCCAUAUAAUCCCUUCUCUUUCACUCUCCCCUUCCCUUUUUCAAUGGGAUCUCUCAAGAUCACCAUCUCCUCUCUCCUCUCAUGGAUUCCACUGCUCCCUGCUGCUGCUGCUUCAGUCAACCACCCCUCCUCCCAGUACCCCCACCAAUCUUGAUCUGAAACUGUUGACCCAAGAAGAAGAAGGGCAAAAACAGAGCCGAAACAGAGUCCCCUGUUACCGGAGAGACCAAAGAGGCACGCGCGCGCGCAGAUCUUUAUUCCCUUUUUUGCUUUCUUGGAUCCGAACGGCAAUGGAGGAGAGCGACAGGAAGCGCAUCUUCCAAAAGUACGAGAUGGGCAGGUUCCUAGGGAAGGGGACGUUCGCCAAGGUGUACUACGGCAAGAACCUCCAGACCGGAGAGAGCGUCGCCGUUAAGGUCAUCGGCAAGGACCACGUCCAGAAGGAAGGCAUGAUGGAGCAGAUCAAGCGCGAGAUCUCCGUCAUGAGGCUCGUCCGCCACCCGAACGUGGUCGAGCUGAAGGAGGUCAUGGCCACCAGGACCAAGAUCUUCGUAGUGAUGGAGUAUGUCCGCGGCGGUGAGCUCUUCGCCAAGGUGGCGCGCGGGAAGCUGAAGGAGGAUCUCGCCCGCAAGUACUUCCAGCAACUCAUCUCCGCCGUCGACUUCUGCCACAGCCGCGGCGUCUCACACCGCGACCUGAAGCCGGAGAACCUGCUGCUCGACGAGAACGGGGACCUCAAGGUCUCCGACUUCGGGCUUUCGGCCCUGCCGGAGCAGCUCCGCCACGAUGGGCUCCUCCACACGCAGUGUGGCACGCCGGCCUACGUCGCCCCCGAGGUCCUGCGGAAGAAGGGCUACGACGGGUCGAAGGCCGAUAUCUGGUCGUGCGGUGUGAUCCUGUACGUCCUCCUCGCAGGGUUCCUGCCGUUUCAGGAAGAGAACUUGAUGAAGAUGUAUCGAAAGGUGUUCAAGGCCGAGUUCCAGUUCCCGCCGUGGUUCACGACGGACACGAGGCGGCUCGUGUCGAGGCUGCUCGUGUCCGAUCCCGAGAAGCGGAUCACGAUCCCUGCAAUAAUGCGCGUCCCCUGGUUCCGGAAAGGAUUCUGCCGGCCAUUGGCUUUAUCGAUUCCAGACCUGGAAUCGGAGAAGCCACGGGGCGAGAGAGAAGAAGAGGAUGAAAAGCUGCCGAAUUCAGAGUCGAUUAAAUCCCAAAAGGUCCCGUCGCCGAAGUUCUUCAACGCAUUCGAGUUCAUCUCCUCAAUGUCAUCGGGCUUCGACCUGUCGAGCCUCUUCGAGACGAAGCGGAAGGCCGGGUCCAUGUUCACCUCCAAGUGCUCGGCGACCUCGAUCAUGUCGAAGAUCGAGGGGCUCGCCAAGGGGCUAAGCUUCAAGGUCGCGAGCGUGAAGGACUUCAAGAUAAGGCUGCAGGGGCCGGUCGAGGGGCGGAAGGGGCGUCUGUCGGUGACGGCGGAGGUCUUCGAGGUGGCGCCGGAGGUCGCGGUGGUCGAAUUCUGCAAGUCGGCCGGCGACACGCUGGAGUACGUGAAGUUCUGCGAAGAAGACGUCAGGCCUGCGCUCAAGGACAUAGUCUGGUCGUGGCAAGGGGACAACAUCUGCCACUGCAGCGGAACCGUCGCUGAAGGCGAAGAAGUACAGAGGCAGGCGUUGGUUGCCUAACGACGAAGUCUUUAAAAUUGUUUACUCAAUUUUGGUGGACUUUCACAGUUUUGACUCACCCUCCUAUGCUUUUUUUGGUGGGCAAAAUUUCUGAGCUUGAUUUUGAUACGCUCUUUCGCUCUAAGACAUAGAACUUUCCAAUUUCCAUGUGAUCUUGCUGUACAUAGUUGUGGGUGAAGAACAGAUUCUGGUUUGUAAUGAAUACAUGAAUGCCCAGCUUUAGUAAUUCAAGACGGUUCC